GUGGUUGUAUGUUGCAGUGAAGUUCUACAUAUAUAUCCAGGAUAUGCUAACUACUGAAAUGCUGCUACAGUCCAGUCCAGAGGUGGUUGCACUUCAGUGAUGGCUGAAAUGAUUUCUGGAUUGCCAGAUUCUGCCCUGGUUUUGUGUGCUUGAGGCUUGCACACAAGAGGUUCCAGUCUGCGAUGAUGGACAACUGUUUCCCAUCCCUAGCAUCCCUCAAGGGGAUCGUAUCUCCCAUGUUGUUUGAUGUCCAGGGUAUGGGUCUGAUCAAAAACUCCGAGUCCAGUCAGUGGGAAUCUUUCUUUGACUUCAAUGGGCUUUGGAUAAGAGUGUAUGUGAGGCCUCUUGAUGAGAGCAUUUCUAAACUCGGGGUUAGACGAUCCUCAGUAGAGAUCAGAUACACAGCUGGGUAUCACUUGCCCAGGAAUGCUGCAAAGUCUCUCUGUACUCUGGAGAAAUACAGCGGGAUGUCACAGCCUCCUUGUCCUCAGCCCUAGAAAAAGAGACGAAUGUGACCGGCGGGUAGAAGUUGUCAUUGUGAGGAUACAGAAUCGUCCUUUCCGUCUUACCCAGGGGACUGACUGGGAAGCAACGAGUCUCGGCAUCGUUCAGUUUUACUCUUACCCAAACAGGCGCUGGGGGAGGGCCAGGCUCAGCAGCCCGGGCCGUGGGCGGCGCUCGGUGUCCAUGGGAACUGGGUGUGAGCGGAGCGUGCGCCGCAGCUCCCCUUCUCUCCCGGCCGCCAUCAUGAUGCUGGGCCGCGGGCUGGACGCCAGGGAUAAUCAAACUAGACAAGUACGAGAGGCUGUUUCAAAUGUGGAAAAACAUUUUGGUGAAUUGUGCCAAAUAUUUGCUGCAUAUGUACGUAAAACUGCUAGACUACGAGACAAAGCAGACCUUCUAGUAAAUGAAAUAUACGCAUAUGCAGCUACAGAGACACCAAGCUUAAAACUUGGAUUGAAAAAUUUUGCAGAUGAAUUUUCCAAACUUCAAGAUUAUCGCCAAGCAGAGGUUGAAAGGCUUGAAGCCAAAGUUGUUGACCCUCUGAAAAGUUACGGGACCAUAGUAAAACUUAAAAGGGAUGAUCUCAAAGCAACUUUAACAGCAAAGAAUCGAGAGGCUAAACAGUUAUCUCAACUGGAAAGGACUCGUCAGAGGAAUCCAUCAGAUCGACACAUUAUUUCACAGGCUGAAAGUGAUCUACAGAGAGCUUCGAUGGAUGCAACUCGAACAAGUCGGCAGUUGGAGGAAACUAUUGACAAUUUUGAGAAACAGAAAAUAAAGGACAUAAAGAGCAUAUUUUCUGAAUUUAUAACUAUUGAAAUGUUAUUCCAUGGAAAAGCUUUAGAGAUUUACACUGCUGCCUACCAAAAUAUACACAAUAUUGAUGAGAAUGAAGAUUUAGAGGUUUUUCGGAGUUCACUGUAUCCACCAGACUAUCAGUCUCGUUUAGACAUAGUCCGUGCAAACUCAAAAUCCCCCCUUCAAAGAACUGGUUCAUCAAAAUUUUCAUCUGGAAUAAUACAGCAAAUUUCUACCAGUCGGCUAAGAAAAGAGGAGGAGGAAGAUGAAGAGGAGGAAGAAGAGGAUGAUGAUGAUGAUGAUGAAUUGGAAGCUACCAAGGAAGAGAGAUAACUUUAGGAACUGUUCUAAGUUUUUUUUUAACAUGACAAGGCAGCCUGUCUUUGCUUAACAGCUUUUAUAUUUUAGAUUGAGAAUUUCACUGAGGUCAUCCAUUAAAAUAAUUACAAGCAGCAAGAAAUUGGCAGCAACAUUUAAUCCUGUUCAUUUGAUUGGCUAUUUGUUACUUGAACAGCAGGUCAGUCUUGAAGAUUGUAACUAAGUGUAUUGAAAAUGGAUGAUUUCAGUAGAUAGAAAAUGAAAAGCAAAUAACAUUUCAAUAGAAUUACACUACAAGCUUGUAUAGUCUAUUUAAUUUUAGUCAAACUUAAUUUUUGUCUACUAUUGCAUUCAAAGUGAUAUACUGUAACAUUUAAUUAUUGCCUAGAUAGUGAACACAAGGAUCCUUAUUCUUAGGUCGAGCUGAGCUGUAUUUGUCACAGGAUUUGGGUAGCUGUAUACUAGCUUCAUUUCACCCUCUCUCCCAAUCUUGGGGACAGGUUGUAAUGCAGCUACUAUUGCAACUUGUACCUGGCUAUCCAUAACCCCAAACAGCUGCGCUGGUUGCUCCAAAGCAGAAUACAGAAGCGAUCCUGGCAUCUUGCCUUGCCUUGCCAAUGCCCGUCUUAUGGAGUAGGAGGCAGAGUAGCAUAUUGCUGUCUUCUGCCUUUCUGUUUCUUGGGGAUUCCCCCAAACGGGAAAGCCUCAACUUGCUAGUUAAGCUAGCUUUUUGGUUUUUACACUACUGGGGUGGUGCAAAUGGCUUGUAUCAGAACCAAGGAUCUAGUCCAAGAGUUUUUUUUCCCAUACAUCUUCCUUUUUACGUGAAAGUGCCUUCAUGAUAAAAGAACCAUUGUAUAAGUGUACAUCGCCUUUUCAUACUUGCCUUUUAUACUAGUCAAUUCAGUUACUGAUUCUUGCCACUAGAGCAGUUAUGGACAGUUGAUACAAGAUUUCAAUGUAUUUUCCUAUACAAGUAUCUCUUAUACACAUUCCUGUAUCAAAUUUAUAUUCAGUAUUAUUGUAUGGAGUGAAAGUCUGUCUGCCAGAUAGUUAUUUCA